CCCCAGGCACCAGAGAUGCUGAAAAGGGCAAAAAGCAGAGCAAGUGUGCUGCCUGCAGGGAGCGAGGGCUUCCCGAGGCGGCCGGGAUCUUCCCCGCAGCCGCCUUCCCUGAGUGCUUUUCAUCCAUUAAUUUCUCUAAUUGCUUUUGGAAAUCACAGUGGCGUUUGUCUUCGGCAGCAUCCCAGUGAGCUGCUGAGGCAGGCUGUGCCUCGGGGGUGGCUCCUGUGGGUCCCCCACGAGCGCUGCUCACCACCCCAAAGCCAAACUUUGCUCAGAAGGUCGGUGGAUCCCAUUUGCCUCGGUGGAAAAAACACCAGAACGGCUGUGAUAGAGCGAGGGUGGCCACGAUGGGCUCGGUGGGAGCCGAGCGCUUCAAGGAGCUGAGCCCGGCGGCGACGCCGGAGGGGAACGUGGUGAUGAGCUUCAGCUUCGACAGCUACCAGCUGGAGGAGGAUGAGAUGCAGAGGGGCAGCCAGGCCAAGGGGGUCCUCACCUUCAUGGAGCCAGUUUCUGAGGAUCCUGAGCCCCAGGAUCGAUACCAUGGGAUUUAUUUUGCCAUGCUGCUGGCUGGGGUGGGAUUUCUCCUGCCCUACAACAGCUUUAUCACCGAUGUGGAUUACCUGCACCAUAAAUACCCAGGGACCUCCAUCGUCUUUGACAUGAGCCUCACCUACAUCCUGGUGGCCUUGGUGGCCGUCAUCCUCAACAACGCCCUGGUGGAGCUGCUGAGCUUGCACACCCGGAUCUCCGUGGGCUACCUCUUCGCCCUGGGGCCCCUGCUCUUCGUCAGCAUCUGCGACGUGUGGCUGGAGCUGUUCAGCCGCAGACAAGCCUACGCCAUCAACCUGGUGGCUGUCGGGGUGGUGGCCUUUGGCUGCACAGUGCAGCAAUCCAGCUUCUACGGCUACACGGGGCUGCUGCCCAAGCGCUACACGCAGGGAGUGAUGACUGGUGAGAGCACCGCCGGGGUCAUCAUCUCGCUCAGCCGCAUCUUCACCAAGCUGCUGCUGUCAGACGAGAAGGAGAACACCGUCAUCUUCUUCUUUAUCUCCAUCGGCAUGGAGCUGACAUGCUUCAUCCUGCACCUCCUGGUGAAGCGCACCCGCUUCGUGCGCUACUACACGGACUGUUCCCGCAAGGGCCUCCCCGAGAGCCGCGGGGCCGGCGACCCCGGCACCGGCUACCGCGUCCACCACGAUGUCACCUCGGAGGACGUCCGAUUUGAAAACCGGGAGCAAGGGCAGCCGAGCUCCCCCCAGGGCAGCCCUGGCCCCGAAGCUGAGCUGGCUGGGAGUGGCACCUACAUGCGCUUCGACGUCCCUCGGCCCAAGAUCAAGAGGAGCUGGCCCAGCUUCCGAGACAUGCUGCUCUACCGCUACGUCGUGUCCCGCCUCAUCUGGGCCUACAUGCUGUCCAUCGCCAUGACCUACUUCAUCACCCUGUGCCUCUUUCCCGGGCUGGAGUCAGAGAUCCACAACUGCACGCUGGGAGAAUGGCUCCCCAUCCUCAUCAUGGCCAUCUUCAACCUCUCUGACUUCGUUGGCAAGAUCCUGGCUGCCCUGCCCUAUGACUGGAGAGGGACCCACCUCCUAGUCUACUCCUGCCUCCGUGUGGUCUUCAUCCCCCUCUUCAUCAUGUGCGUCUACCCCAACGGGCAGCCCACCUUCGGCCACCCCGCCUGGCCCUGCAUCUUCUCCCUCCUCAUGGGCAUCACCAACGGCUACUUCGGCAGCGUCCCCAUGAUCCUGGCCGCAGGCAAAGUCAGCCCGGAGCAGCGGGAGCUGGCAGGGAACACCAUGACCGUGUCCUACAUGACGGGCUUGACGCUGGGCUCGGCCGUGGCCUAUUUUGCCUACAGCCUCACCAGCACCUCCCACAGCACCUGUUUCUACACCGAAACCUCCAAUGGCUCCUUCACCUCGGGGUACUGAGCCCUGGGGUGGGGCAAUGGGGACAGGAUGGGACCUGCUUCCCACCACGGUCCCCAGCGCCCCACAUCCCUCCUCAAGGAGGGAGCCUGGAGCCUGAAAGCCACCCCAGCAUGGACAAGGACUGGUACCCUGUCAGCACGGGGCUGUGGCGUUCCAAAACGGCCUGUGCUGCCCAGCCAGGCACUGUGCAGGGCCACUGCUUGGGGUGACAUUCCUCCCACCCCAGGGGACAUUUCUUGUUGCUUUUGGGGGUCUCCCCAUCAGCAAUGCACAGCUCUCCAGCAAAGGCUGGGGAUCUGUUUGAGCCAAGCCAUUGACAGGAGGAUGAAAAUACUGCCAAAUCCCAAAGGGAAUAGGACCAGCACUGGGGAGGAGAGUGAUGGGAGGGCUGGUGAGGAAGAAGAGGAGCAAGAGAGGAAGGAAACACUCCUUCAGUCCCCAGUGGCUCUGGGAAGGUGGCUGUUGACUUCCAUUGAUGGUGCUGCAGGUUUUCACCAGGAAUGGCUUGAAAUCACAGUCCCUCCCUAAAUAUGCGAAUCACUUCUGAUGGCUGGGGGAAAAAUGAUUUUUUUUUUUUAUUAUUGUGUCUUGUUUUACCCCCUCAACCGCAACAGAGGCAGGGUCUUGCCUCCCCCCGCCCCACACUGUGAAUCUGUCCCAUUGCAAGGGGUAGAGGGGGGUCCCAAGGCUACAACACUGCCAGUGCCACCUGCAGGCCACUGCUGAGCUUCAAGAUUUAUUGCACAGGACAUAAGUGAAGCUGAUUAAAUAAUUAAAAUGUCUUUGCAAC